AUGGGAUCAUUUUUGACUAAGUGCAAAGAGUGUCUUUUACUUUUCAAAAGCAAGCCCUCUGCAUAGGUGUCUUCACAUUAGUUAGUGAACUUGUCCAAUAAUCCUGUGGAGGAGAGUUAAGGGAAAAUACAGGCAUAAUAGAUAAGUAUUGCACAGGAUAACUCUCAUUCUAAUGAUUAAUCAUUAUGUGAAGCAGACAAAAACGAUGAAAAAAAUGACAAUGAUCUCACAUUAGAAACUAUUACCAAUAAAUAGCUACCCAUCAUAAAAUCACCUUCAACUAAUUAAAAGGGGUAGUAGAAAGAUGAAGAUAAAUUUAUGAUUAAAUAGUAAUCGAAGCAAAUUUCAGAUAAAGCAAUUCAUCAGUCAUAAUAACAAUAAACAGUAGACAAUUGGAUGAUUGUUUUCUCUAAUAUAAAUUCAAUUAGAAUCAAUGAGUUAACCUUGUAUGCUCAAGAAGCCCUGGAGAAAUUCACAGAACUAGUUGAUAUCAUAGAUGACAGUGAUACCUAUAUUUAGAAUAUCCAUAAUAUUGAGUUGUACUUCUCUCAUUAUUUUGUGUAAAAAACUAUGUUCAUCCAGAUUAAGUUUCAAUUUGAUUUGAAUACUGAAAUCAGCAAAUUUCUCAAAUGGUCGAGUACAAACUCAUUAUUUGAAUUUGAUUUGUUUGAAAACUACAAAUUACAACCAAUUAAUGAGUAGAUGUCGAUUGGAGAAUUGCAAUUGAAUAAGCAUUCAAUGAUUAAAAAACAAUUGAUUACCUACCUCAAAUACAUAGAACUAUUGAACGAAGAUUAUUAUCUUGUUUACAAAUCAAUACGAUUAGAAGAUCAAUACUAAUCCAGAAUAGCCCAAAAUGAAACAUAAUUUUAGGAAGGGAAAGUCAUGUUGGGAGGAUUGAGAAUAAGCUAGAAGGAUGGAAAAUUGAUCGUUAGAGGGUACUUAGAUGGGGAUUUUAAAAUAAAAGCUGGAUUUAACUUGACUAUCAAGACUUUAAGAGAUAAAGUGAUUGGGUGUAUCAAUAGGUUGAAGGAUUUAUUUAAUUGA